AAGAGACAUAUAUAAUGGAUGUUAACAUGAAGAAACGGUCCGCAGAAGAGGUGAAUAGUGAAGACACUAGAAAAGGUCCAUGGAGCGUUGAAGAGGACACUCUUCUCCAAAAUUACGUCGCCACCCACGGCGACGGUCGUUGGAAUUCCGUCGCACGCUGUGCAGGCCUUAAGAGAUCAGGGAAAAGUUGCAGGUUGAGAUGGUUAAACUACUUGCGGCCCGAUGUUCGUCGUGGAAAUAUAACACUCCAGGAACAGAUAACCAUUCUGGAGCUUCACUCUCGGUGGGGCAAUAGGUGGUCGAAAAUUGCUCGGCAUCUUCCCGGAAGAACGGACAACGAAAUAAAGAAUUAUUGGAGGACUCGUGUGCUUAAGCAAGCAAGGAAUCUGAAGUGUGACGUGGACAGUGAACAGUUCAAAGAUGCCUUACGUUACGUGUGGAUGCCCCGUUUGAUUGAGCGGAUUCAACCGUCAUCGGAAACUCACGACCCACCCGAUGUGUCCCCCUCCGAACUUUACCCAAGCCCAACUCCUUCGCUCCACCACCAAAACGGGUUACACGGUUUGUGUUCAGGUUCCAAUGCCUUGGACUUAUCAAGUGCCAAGUUGGAGGCUCCUUUAGAGUCUGAAGAUAUGGGUCAUAAUAAUGUUUCAGUUCCGGGAGUGUGUGAAAAUAUGAAUGAUCGAGACUUGGAACAGGGGAAUAUCACGCUACCUUUUGCUGGUGGGGACUCAAUGGAGAGUUUGUGGGAUGAUGAGAAUCUGUGGCUUAUGCAGCAACUUUGUGAUGAUCUGGAAAUUAAAGACAAUUUCCUUGCACAUGGUUCGUCGGUGGCCAGUAGUGCAGGUCUAUGUAGGUGGAAGCACGAUUUAGGGAUAUGUGGUGGUUGCUCAAAUGGUGCUUUCAUGGCUUGCAUAUCUGAGCCUGGUCGCUCUAGCGAGGUGGGCAAAUAUGUGUUUUUGUGGUGUCGCACGCGUCCUGGUGCUCACAACAACUUUGGUGUUCACUUGCGUGUGCGUUCUUGUGAUCGUAGCAGCUCUGGUGUUCACUCGUGGUGGAACUGUGUGGUUGUGCACAUAUGUUUUGACGAGGUAGUCACAUUGUGGUUCUAG